AUGUUUAAAAUACUUUGGAAAAGAAAAGUAAUAGAAGCUUUUUUAUUGAAAUUGGAGAGAUUGUUAUAAUUUAGUUUUUAAGAUAAAAUAGUAUAGAAAUAAAGUAAGUGGUUAGCUAUUAAGGUAAUGUAAAUAUCUAAUUGAUUAAAAUUAAGUCUGCUGAAUGUAAUGUGUUGGUUAUAUCAAAUAAGUAAGGAGUAUAAAAAGAAUUUAUUAGAAAGGAUAUAAUUUAUUUAGAUUUUGAAUUGUAUGAAUAUAAAUCAAAGAUUUGCUGA